UAUCUCCAAUGAAACACAUUAUUGCUGUUACCAGAAACGGUACCACGUACUCAUCUAUAAUUAUUUUUAAGUGCUUGAAUCCAUUUGAGAUUUUUGGUUUUUUUCUUUUGUUGUCUUUUUCUAAUGUAAAUGUGGUAUCUUGAUGAAAUAUUCUAGUCCAACUCUAAUUUAUCCCUUGCCAUCCCAAGUUGUGUUAAUGAGCCAAGUGACAGAUUAAAUGGAUUCUGCAAACAAACAUUUGUUUUGGUGCUCUGCGUUGGCUAAGGCCUAAGUGUAGGACGUUCUGUUCUUAGGCCGUUUAAGAGUUUGCAAGUCCCGAGCUUGAAGAACAAAGAUAACUAAAAAAAGAUGGUGGAAUGGACUGCCAUUUGUGCAGAAUCUGGUUGCUCAGAAACCAAUGCAUGCAUCAACCAUGCAUUGAUCAUUUGCUUCGAUGCUUUGCUUUUGGUCGUGCUCAUCUUCACACUACUUAUUCAAAAUUCAUCAUCAUCCAAAAAAGUUCGCAUUCCAGCCAGGUUUCGAGGCCUUUCCAAUCUGCAGAUUGUCUCUGCCACUUUAAACACCUGUAUUGGACUGGUUUACUUGUUCCUUGGCAUCUGGAUUUUGGAAGAGAAGUUGAGGAAAACCCAGACUGCUUUGUUUUUAAUUAGCUUGUGGUUUCAAACUAUAUUUCAAGGCUUCACAUGGUUGUUGGUUGGUUUAACAGUGAGUAUCCGGAUCAAACACCUUCCAAAGUUACCAGUACGGCUCUUGUCUAUUCUCGCCUUCUUGUUUUCUGGAUUUGUCUGUGUUCUAUCAGUGUUUACCGCCAUUUUAAGCAAAGAUGUAUCGUUAAAGAUAGCUUUAGAUGUUUUAUCUUUUCCAGGAGCAAUACUGUUGUUGUUAUGUGCUUAUAGGGGUUGUAAAAAUGAAGAGAAUGAACAACGUGGCAUUCAGAAUGGUCUUUUUACGUCUUUGAAUGGUGAAGCUAAUGGUGUCAUUGAAAUUGAUCCAGUUACUCCAUUUGCCAAAGCUGGAACUCUGAGUAGAUUUUCAUUCUGGUGGUUGAAUUCACUGAUGAAAAGGGGAAGGGAAAAGACUCUCGAGGACGAACAUAUUCCCAAGUUGAGUGAAGCAGAUACAGCAGAGAGUUGUUACUUGUUGUUCUUGGAGCAGUUGGACAAACAAAAACGAGCUGAUCCUUCUUCUCAGCCAUCUGUUUUGAAGACUAUAAUUUUGUGCCACCUGAAAGAGAUUUUUGUUUCUGGAUUCUUUGCCUUGGUAAAGACAAUCGCUACCUCAGCUGGUCCUCUGCUACUUAAUGCCUUCAUUUUGGUUGCUGAAGGAAAAGAGAGUUUCAAGUAUGAAGGUUAUGUAUUGGCCAUAUCACUUUUCCUUACUAAAUGCAUUGAAUCUUUAUCACAAAGGCAGUGGUACUUCAGAACCAGACUUAUUGGUAUGAAGGUGAAGUCUUUGCUCACAGCGGCCAUUUUUAAGAAGCAAAUGAGAUUAUCUAAUGCUGCCAGGUUGAUGCACUCCAGUGGUGAGAUCAUGAAUUAUGUAACUGUGGAUGCCUAUAGGAUUGGAGAAUUCCCAUUCUGGUUCCAUCAGAUUUGGACGACUAGCCUUCAGCUCUGUAUCUCAUUAGUAAUUCUUUAUCAAGCAGUUGGGCUCGCUACAAUUGCAGCCCUGGUGUGCAUAAUUCUUACUGUAAUUUGCAAUGCACCUCUUGCUAAGCUACAGCAUAAGUUUCAGACUAAGCUUAUGGUGGCACAAGAUGAUAGACUGAAGGCUAGUUCCGAGGCUCUUGUGAACAUGAAGGUCUUGAAAUUAUAUGCUUGGGAAACCCAUAUCAAGGGUGUGAUUGAAAAAUUAAGGAAUGAGGAAUACAAGUGGUUAUCAUCGUUUCAGUUAAGAAGAGCAUAUAAUAUCAUUCUCUUUUGGUUAUCCCCUGUUUUAGUCUCAGCUGUAACUUUUAGCACAUGUUACUUCCUCAACGUUCCCUUGCAUGCAAAUAAUGUUUUCACUUUUGUGGCAACUUUGCGCCUUGUUCAGGACCCCAUUUCAGCUAUCCCUGAUGUUCUUGCAGCGAUCAUUCAAGCAAAAGUUUCGCUUGCACGUAUUGUGAAUUUCCUUGAGGAACCAGAGCUACAAUCCCAAAGUGUCCGGAUCAAGUGCAACUUGGAGAAUGUGAAUCACAACGUCAUUAUCAACUCGGCAGAUUUUUCAUGGGAAGAGAAUUUAGCAAAGCCCUCUCUCAGAAACAUUGAUUUACAGAUUGCAUGUGGUGAUAAGGUGGCUGUAUGUGGAGAAGUUGGCUCAGGAAAAUCAACCCUUCUAGCAUCAAUUCUUGGAGAAGUUCCAAAUGUUCGAGGACAUAUUCAAGUUUAUGGGAAGAUUGCCUAUGUUUCACAAACAGCGUGGAUCCAAACAGGAACAGUACAAGACAAUAUUUUAUUUGGCUCCGCCAUGGAUGGUCAAAGAUACCAUGAAACACUUGAAAGAUGUUCACUGGUAAAGGACCUUGACUUGCUUCCCUAUGGUGACCUUACUGAAAUAGGGGAGAGAGGAGUCAAUUUUAGUGGUGGUCAAAAGCAACGAAUCCAAUUAGCCCGUGCACUUUAUCAGAAUGCUGAUCUAUAUCUCUUGGAUGAUCCCUUCAGUGCUGUUGAUGCACAUACUGCAAAAAGCUUAUUUAAUGAAUACGUUAUGGAGGCACUUUCGGGGAAGACAGUCGUACUUGUGACCCAUCAAGUUGAUUUCCUUCCUGCAUUUGAUUCCGUUUUGUUAAUGUCUGAUGGGGAAAUCCUAAGAGCAGCUCCUUACCAUCAGUUAUUGUCGUUAAGCCUGGAAUUUCAAGACCUUGUCAAUGCACACAAAAACACAGCUGGUUCUGAAAGGCUCGAAGACAUCACUCCUAGUCUUGCCAAAAAUCAUGGAACACUUUCAGCUACUGAGAUCCAGAAAAGUUUUGCAGAGAACCAAUUUAAACCAUUAAAAGGUGAUCAAUUGAUAAAGCAUGAAGAAAGAGAAGUAGGAGAUAUUGGAUUAAAGCCUUACAAACAAUAUCUAAAACAGAACAAAGGGUUCCUGUACUUCUCUGUCUCCAUGCUUAGCCACCUUAUCUUUGUGGCCUGUCAGAUAGCUCAGAGCUCCUGGAUGGCUGCUAAUGUUGAUAAUCCUCAUGUUAGCUCAUUAAUGUUGAUCAUGGUUUAUUUGGUGAUUGGAUUCGCUUCAAUAAUUUUUGUAGUUCUUAGAUCUCUUUACGUGGUUGUGUUGGGUGUUCAAUCAUCCAAGUCCUUAUUUUCACAGCUACAAAAUUCCCUUUUCAAUGCACCGAUGUCCUUUUACGACUCUACGCCUUUGGGAAGGAUACUUAGCAGGGUUUCUUUAGAUUUAAGUAUUGUUGAUAUUGAUAUCCCAUUUAGCUUAACCUUUGCUGUUGGGGCCUUCAUGGUUGCUGUUGGCAAUCUCGGAGUGGUAGGUGUUGUCACCUGGCAAGUUUUGUUUGUAUCAGUACCAACAAUUUUUCUGGCACUACGAUUACAGGGGUAUUAUUUUUCUGCUGCAAAAGAGUUGAUGCGGAUCAAUGGCACAACUAAGUCCUUGGUAGCAAACCAUCUUGCUGAGUCUUUGGCUGGAGUUGUCACGAUUAGAGCCUUUGAAGAGGAAGAACGGUUCUUCAGAAAGAAUCUAGACCUCAUUGACAUAAAUACCAGCCCAUUUUUUCACAAUUUUGCAGCAAAUGAGUGGUUGAUUCAGAGGCUAGAAAUACUCUGUGCAAUAGUUCUGGCAUCUUCAGCACUCUGCAUUGCCCUGCUUCCACCUGAAACUUAUAGCUCCGGAUUUAUCGGAAUGGCAAUUUCAUAUGGUAUUUCAUUAAAUGGGUCCCUUGUCUUUUCAAUUCAGAAUCAGUGCAUUCUUGCAAAUUAUAUAAUUUCAGUAGAAAGGCUAAACCAAUACAUGUACAUACCAAGUGAAGCACCUCAUGUCAUUGAACAAAAUCGUCCUCCAGCAAAUUGGCCCGCUGUGGGCAAAGUAGAGUUACAUGAUUUGCAGAUCAGAUAUAGGCCAAAUGCUCCACUUGUUCUUCACGGUAUCAGUUGCACAUUUGUAGGAGGAAACAAGAUUGGUAUAGUUGGUCGGACCGGCAGCGGGAAGACUACUCUAAUUGGAGCCCUGUUUCGUCUGGUAGAGCCUGCUGGAGGGAAGAUCAUAGUAGAUGGCAUAGACAUCUGUACAAUUGGACUUCAUGACCUGAGGUCACGUUUCGGAAUAAUACCUCAAGAUCCUACUCUUUUCAAUGGGACUGUGAGAUACAAUUUGGAUCCCUUGUCUCAACAUUCCGACGAGGAAAUAUGGGAGGUUCUUGGAAAGUGUCAGCUUCAAGAGGCUGUUCAGGAAAAAAAAGAUGGACUAGACUCCUUAGUUGUGGAUGAUGGAUCAAAUUGGAGUUUGGGACAAAAGCAACUAUUCUGUUUGGGACGUGCCCUUUUGAGGAGAAGUCGAAUACUGGUGCUUGAUGAAGCAACUGCUUCCAUUGACAAUGCAACCGAUAUGAUUCUUCAGACAACCAUUCGAAAUGAAUUCGCAGAUUGCACUGUGAUCACAGUAGCUCACAGAAUACCAACCGUAAUGGAUUGCGCUAUGGUUCUUGGCAUCAACGAUGGAAAACUUGUGGAGUAUGAUGAACCAGCGAUGUUGAUGAAGAGAGAAGGCUCACUUUUUGGGAAGCUGGUGAAGGAAUAUUGGUCCCAUUUCCAGUCCGCAGAAAUCAAUAUAAAUUCAUCGAUCUGAUGAUUGUGAAGCAACGAGGAAGACCAAAGUAAUAUUUUCCCUGUUAUGUAGCAAUUAGAGAACCAACUAAUGAUAGUUGAUAUAAAUUAGAGGAUCAACUAAUGAAGUUAUUUCCUUUCAAAUUGAGCAAAAGAUAACGUUUCCAUUUCCAAUCUAUAUUCCUAAUGUUGCAACUCUUUCUCAAUAAUCCAGGUUCCUUAGCUGGUCACUGGUCGUCUGAAGGUUAUAUUAAGGAAACUCUAGGCUUUUGUUCAUUUUUUCAGUCUGUCUUUUGCUUGGGUUCCAAGAAAUAAUAAUAAGCUAGCUCAUAUUGUGUCU